UCUCUCUCUCUCUCUCUCCCUCGCUCUGUGGGAAUCCCUUUCCGUGGAAGUCAUCGGCGGUUUCGUCUCCGUCAUACUUCAAUCGCCGGCGAGAUGAACGGCGACAGCCGGAAGCGCGACCGUGGAGACUCCUGGAGCUUCAGGCGGCAGAAGCAGCAGCAGCGGUCAGCCGAGGAGGAGCUCGAGUCGAAGCUAGGGUUCGAUCUCUUCUCCGAAGGCGAGAAGAAGCUCGGCUGGUUGCUCACCUACGCUCCUUCGUCGUGGGAGGAUCCUGACACAUUCAAAGUCCAUAGUUGUAUCGAUCUUUAUUUUGUUUCUCAGGAUGGUAACAGUUUCAAGUCAAAGUACAAGUUUCGUCCUUACUUUUAUGCUGCAACAAAGGAGAACGUGGAAAUGGACGUUGAGUCUUAUUUAAGACGAAGAUAUGAAAGCCAAAUUGCUAAUAUUGAGAUUGUGGAGAAGGAGGACCUUCAUUUAAAAAACCAUCUCUCUGGAUUGCGGAGAUCAUAUCUUAAAAUAUCCUUUGAUACUGUUCAACAAUUGAUGACUGUGAAGAGCGACCUUUUGCACAUUGUUGAAAGAAACCGGACAAAGAUGGAAGCUGCAGAGGCAUAUGAAUCUAUAUUGAUGGUGAAGAGAGAACAAAAACCUCAAGAUUUUCUUGAUUGUAUCAUUGGCCUCCGAGAAUAUGACGUGCCAUACCAUGUACGCUUUGCUAUUGACAAUGAUGUGCGAUGUGGACAAUGGUAUGAUGUUAGUGUAUCUAGUUCUGGUGUCAUGCUUGAAAGGAGAACUGACCUACUUCAGCGUGCCGAAGUACGUGUUUGUGCAUUUGAUAUUGAGACAACAAAAUUACCCUUGAAAUUUCCCGAUGCUGAAUAUGAUAUGAUCAUGAUGAUUUCAUACAUGGUGGAUGGAAAAGGUUACCUAAUUAUCAACAGAGAGUGUGUUGGAGAAGAUAUAGAAAAUCUGGAGUACACCCCAAAACCAGAAUUUGAAGGAAUUUUUGAAGUGAUGAAUGUGAAAAGCGAGGUAGAACUCCUUCAUCGCUGGUUUGCCCACAUGCAAGAGCUGAAGCCUGGCAUAUAUGUCACGUAUAAUGGUGACUUUUUUGACUGGCCAUUCUUGGAGAGCAGAGCAGCCCAUCAUGGGCUCAAAAUGAGCAAUGAGGUAGGAUUUCAAUGUGACAAGAACCAAGGGGAAUGUCGCUCUAAAUUUGCCUGUCAUCUGGAUUGUUUUGCUUGGGUCAAACGUGACAGUUAUCUUCCCCAGGGUAGCCAGGGUCUGAAGGCUGUGACAAAGUCGAAGUUGGGUUAUGAUCCGCUUGAAGUAAAUCCAGAAGAUAUGGUGCGGUUUGCAAAAGAUAAGCCUCAGAUGAUGGCUUCUUAUUCUGUUUCUGAUGCUGUCGCAACAUAUUACCUGUACAUGACCUAUGUUCACCCAUUCAUUUUCUCUCUUGCAACUAUUAUCCCCAUGUCACCUGAUGAGGUUCUCCGCAAAGGUAGUGGGACCCUUUGUGAAAUGCUUCUUAUGGUUCAGGCAUACAAGGCCAAUGUUAUAUGCCCUAACAAGCACCAAGCUGAGCUAGAGAAGUUUUUUAAGAAUCGCCUUCUUGAGAGUGAGACAUACAUCGGAGGCCAUGUGGAGUGCCUUGAGAGUGGUGUUUUUAGAUCUGAUCUUCCAACUUACUUUAAGCUUGAUCCAUCUGCAUAUGAGCAACUCAUUAACAACCUUGACCGCGACCUUCAAUAUGCAAUCAGAGUUGAGGGUAAAAUGGAUUUGGAAUCAGUCUGUAAUUAUGACGAGGUGAAGAAUGCUAUUAAGGAGAAGCUUAAAAAAUUGCGAGAUGAACCAGUACGUGAAGAGUCCCCCCUCAUUUACCAUCUGGAUGUGGCUGCCAUGUAUCCAAACAUUAUAUUAACAAACAGACUUCAGCCACCAUCAAUAGUUACUGAUGAGGUAUGCACAGCCUGUGACUUCAAUCGUCCAGGCAAAACUUGUCUCCGAAAGCUUGAAUGGGUGUGGCGUGGGGAAACUUUUAUGGCAAAGAAAAGCGACUAUUACCAUUUGAAGAAGCAGAUAGAGUCUGAGAUUGUUGAUAUGUCAGAUGGACAAUUAUCAAAAUCAUUUCUUGACCUUCCUAAAGCAGAGCAACAGUCAAAGCUUAGAGAUCGUCUUAAGAAAUAUUGUCAGAAGGCAUAUAAAAGGGUACUUGACAAGCCAGUUGCUGAACUUCGAGAAGCAGGGAUAUGCAUGCGGGAGAAUCCAUUCUAUGUAGAUACUGUCCGCAGCUUUCGUGAUAGAAGGUAUGAAUACAAAGGACUUAAUAAAGUCUGGAAGGGGAAGCUGUCAGAAGCUAAGGCUAGUGGAAAUUCUAUAAAAAUACAGGAAGCACAAGACAUGGUAGUGCUCUAUGAUUCUCUGCAGCUUGCUCACAAGUGUAUACUUAAUUCCUUCUACGGAUAUGUCAUGCGAAAGGGAGCAAGAUGGUACUCCAUGGAAAUGGCUGGAGUAGUUACAUAUACUGGAGCAAAAAUCAUUCAGAACGCUCGCUUGCUGGUAGAAAAAAUUGGAAAACCACUUGAAUUAGACACGGAUGGUAUCUGGUGUGCCCUCCCUGGAUCUUUCCCUGAUAAUUUCACUUUCAAGGCAAAGGAUUCAAAAAGGAAGCUUACCAUCUCUUACCCAUGUGUUAUGCUCAAUGUUGAUGUGGCACAGAACAAUACGAAUGAUCAGUACCAGACUCUUACUGAUCCUAUCAACAAGACAUAUACCACUCACAGCGAAUGCUCCAUUGAAUUUGAAGUGGAUGGACCAUACAAGGCAAUGAUUCUCCCAGCGUCUAAGGAAGAAGGGAUCUUAAUUAAGAAGCGUUAUGCUGUUUUUAAUGAUGAUGGGACCCUUGCUGAGCUGAAAGGUUUUGAGAUCAAGCGUAGAGGUGAACUGAAGCUUAUCAAAGUGUUUCAGGCUGAACUUUUUGACAAGUUUCUUCAUGGUUCGACCUUAGAAGAGUGCUACUCAUCAGUUGCCUCUGUUGCAAACCGCUGGCUUGAUCUUCUUGAUAAUCAAGGGAAGGAUAUUGCAGAUAGUGAAUUGCUGGAUUACAUAUCAGAGUCGAGCACCAUGAGCAAAUCCUUGGUUGACUAUGGGGAGCAGAAGUCUUGUGCAGUGACUACUGCUAGACGUUUAGCGGAUUUUCUUGGUGAAACUAUGGUAAAAGAUAAAGGCUUGCGCUGCCAAUAUAUAGUCGCAUGCGAACCAAGGGGGACACCUGUCAGUGAGCGUGCUGUUCCUGUUGCAAUAUUUGAAACUGAUAUUGAAAUAAUGAAGUUUUACCUAAGAAAAUGGUGCAAAAUAUCAUCAGACGAUGGCAUCAGAUCAAUCAUCGAUUGGUCCUAUUACAAGCAACGGCUCAGUUCCGCAAUUCAGAAAAUUAUAACCAUACCUGCAGCAAUGCAGAAGGUUGCAAAUCCUGUUCCUAGAGUUGUUCAUCCUGAUUGGCUGCACAAGAAGGUUCGUGAGAAGGACGACAAGUUCCGCCAACGUAAAUUAGUUGAUAUUUUUGCCUUGAAAAAUAAGGAUGAUGCACCAAACGAAGGUAGUGGUGAUAUUAGCACCAACCAUAUCGUGAAUGAAAAGAAUGUGGAAGAUUUAGAAGAUUUUGGUAACAAGAAGGAAAGUUCUAUGGAUAGACCAAGACCACUUGUUCGUCACUAUGAAGGUAACAGUGAGAGGCAUCCAGUCAAAUCAAUGUGCCAAGCAGAUGACCAUCAGGAAGAAACUAGAGUUAUAAAUAAUGGGCUUCAAGAACUUUCAUCAUUGCAGCAACAUGCUGUGUCUGCAGAAAAUAUUGAUAGAAACAUUGACUAUCAAGGAUGGCUUGAACUGAAAAAGAGAAAGUGGAAAGAUGCUCUAGACAAGAGAAAACGACAAAGGUUGGGCAACUUGAAGACCCCAUCCAUCCGAAAUGGUGUUUCCAAACAGCCAGCUGGUACGAAAAAUCAUAAAGAAGCCAAUGGGAGACAAGGGGUUAGCUCAUACUUUACAAGGCAUGAAGUAGCCCUGACAAGAUGUCACUGGCAGAUUAUACAGCUGGUUCCAAGUUCAACGAGUGGACAUUUUUUUGCCUGGGUGAUUGUUGAUGGAAUUAUGCUUAAAAUUCCUAUUGUUGUUCCUAGAGUGUUUUACCUCAACUCUAAAGCAUCAAAAACAGAAGAAUUUCCUGGAAGGCGUGUUAACAAAAUUCUGCCCCAUGGGAGGCGUAGCUAUAACCUAGUAGAGGUUACUAUAGAUGAAGAUCAAUUCAGGAUUGAAAGCAAAAAACUUGCAUCUCUACUUGCAGACCCAGAGAUCGAGGGAGUAUAUGAGACGAAAGUGCCUUCAGACUUUGGCGCUAUCCUGCAGAUUGGAUGUGUCUGUAAAGUAGAUAAAAUGGCGAAGAAGCGAAAUGCCCAAGACAGUUGGUGUCUAACUGAAUUACAUAUGAAAACUACGGCAGAGUGCUCUUAUCUGGAGCAGUCCAUCUCGUUCUUUUAUUUGUACCAUAGCAUUUCUGAAGGACGAGCUAUAUUUGCUAGCUAUCUUCCUGCAUUGAGAUCAAUAUCUGUCAUUGUGGUAAAUCCUCACCAGAAUAGAGAUCUAUCAGCAUCUUUUCUUGAAAGACAAUUCCGGGAAGCUUGCCAAACUUUGGCUGUUGAACUCUCCACUCUACAGGAUGGUAUCACUUUCAAGGUAGAUUAUGUUGGAUAUGUGAAGGAUGCCGAGAAGAUUCUGCAGCGGCUUAUAAAUGAGCACAGACAUGAACAUCAUGGACCUACAAUUGCUGUCAUUGAAUGCCCCAACAUUCAGUCAAUCAAAUGUGGUAUACAAGCACUAGAUCAAUUUCCAUGUGUGAGCAUUCCUCCUAAUGCUCGUGAUAGUCAAUACCAGUUUCUUGGAUGGCAACAAAUAGCUGCCAAAGUUGGAAUGCAGCGUUGUGCUGCAUCAACCCAGUGGUUGAAAGAAAGGAUCUCUCUCUCCAGAUAUGCUCAUGUGCCCCUGGGGAACUUUGAAGUUGAUUGGCUUAUAUUUACGGCAGACAUCUUCUUUUCAAGAGCAUUGCGGGAUCAACAACAGGUGCUAUGGAUUUCUGAUGAUGGUAUUCCGGAUCUUGGAGGAAUCCAUGAGGAAGAAACUUGUUUUGCAGAUGAGGUUCAUCAGAAUGUUCUUACCUAUCCUGGAGCAUAUAGGAAAGUGUCUGUGGAGCUAAAGAUUCACCACCUAGCUGUGAAUGCUCUUCUCAAAAGCAACCAGGUCAAUGAAAUGGAAGGAGGUGCUCUAUUAGGUUUUGACCAGGAGUUAUACGCAGAGACGGAUCAACAAUACAGCAUCGACGAUGCAACUUCAUGUGCAGCUGCAUUCCGCUUGCUGAAACAGUUAGUUCAGAGGUGCCUUACAGAUGCAGUCACCUAUGGAAAUGUCUAUGCUGAUGCAAUAUUGCAACAUGCUUAUCGAUGGCUUUGCAGCCCACAAUCAAAACUUCACGACCCAGCUCUUCAUCGCAUGCUUCACAAGGUCAUGCAAAAGGUGUUUGCCUUGUUGUUGGCAGAGUUUCGCAAACUUGGUGCCACAAUCAUAUUUGCAAACUUCUCAAAGCUCAUUAUUGAUACUGGAAAAUAUGAGUUAUCAGCAGCUCAAGCUUACUGUGAUAGUUUGCUUAGAACAAUCCAAAACAGAGACUUAUUUGAGUGGAUUGAGAUGGAACCAGUGCAGUUCUGGCAUUCAUUGCUUUAUAUGGAUCAGUAUAAUUAUGGUGGAAUCCCUGUCAGAGUUGAUGUAAAUGUUGAUGAACCUCAAGUGGAUAUUGUGUCAAGCUGGAAUAUUGCUGAAUGUUUGCCCAAGAAAAUUCAGGAUCACUUUAUCUUCAUCGUCUCUCAGUUCUUGUACAUGCCUUGGAAUCAUGCACAAAAAUUAGCUGCAAAUAGGGCAUGUUCAGAUGCUGGCGACUUGUGCACUCCAUCGAUCACAGUUGUCGCUGCUAAUAAUUUUGAAUCACACAUGGUGGAAUAUCUCAGAGAGCAGAUUGGCUCUUACUUCUCCGAUAAACUCUUGGGAGUAGUUCGUGAUUGCGUCCUUCACAUGAGAGAAAUGGGCAGACAUCGGGAUGAUGAGUAUUCAUCACCUGCUUCUACUAAUAACAGAGGAGAUGCUGCUUUGGAGUUCAUCAAGCACAUAUGCGCGGUUCUUGCUCUGGAUCAAAAUGUUCAGCAUGACAUUCUGGUGAUGAGAAAGAAUCUUUUGAGAUACGUACGCAUAAAAGAAUUUGCUCCAGAAGCUGAGUUCCGUGAUCCUUGCCAAUCCUUCGUCUUACCCAAUGUGAUAUGCAGCUACUGCAAUGACUGCAGAGACCUCGACUUGUCGCGUGACUCGGCUCUGUUAGCUCAAGAAUGGUGCUGUGCCAUACCACAAUGUGGCCAGCCUUACGAUCAUGAAGUGAUAGAGAAUGCGCUUCUCCAGAUUGUAAGGCAGAGGGAACGCAUCUAUCACCUACAAGACCUUACUUGCCUUCGGUGCAACCAGGUGAAAGCCGCACAUUUAAGUGAGCAGUGCACGUGCGCUGGCUCAUUUAGGUGCAGAGAAGAUGCUUCCGAGUUCCGCGGCAAGAUGCAGAUAUUUCUAAAGAUAGCUGCGCAUCAGAAUUUUCAGCUCCUUAGCGAAUGCACCUCAUGGAUCUUAGAAGGGAAAUAAGCUGCCACUUCGCGACACCCAUUCAAGAAAAAGAAAUCGAGCAUCAUGGGUCAGGCAUUUCGCAGACAAUUGCCCAUUGAAUUGAAGUACACCCCGGGUGCAGCAGCUAAGGAUAUUUGACUUUUGAGGCACUGCAGCAGGCCAACAGAGAGGAGUUAACUUUGGAGUGGAGUUCUUGACUUCGUGGGGUUACUCAUAUAUGUCAUAAUUCUGUCUUGAAGGGUGAGAGGCUAGAUCUUCUGUGUAUAGUUUUGGUGAAAUGAAUGCAUCACAUACGAGAGCACGUGACUGUUAUAUAUGCUUACUCCGAGGCUCAAAGUCUGGACAUGCUCAGCAGCAAGGUCUCCAGGAGGAUGUAAUCUUGGAUAAUUAUUCGGCUUUGGUUUCUAUGGAUAAACUCACUGAUCAACCAAGCACUGAUAUUCUCAUACCGCAUGAGCUGGUUCAAAGAGUUAAGAUUUUUAACGGCAAAAUGUAUAUAUCAGCACAUGUAACAUGCUUUGUUACUGAAACAUAUACCUGAUCCAAUAUAUAUUAUAUAAUCAAUAAGUGAGGUCU